AUGGCGAAAGCUUCCCAUACAUUGCAAAAAGGUGCUGUCGUCCAGCACACCGCCAAAGCCCAUAACCUGAAAGGUCAACUGCCUGAAGGGAGCAUGGAAUCUUUGGCAACAACCAUUCGUUUCAUCACGCUGAACUGCCGAACACUAUCGAGUGAGCUCCAACAAGCCGCUCUAUCCAGACUUCUGCGAUAUCUCUGUGUGCCUUUUGUUGCACUGCAGGAAACACGCAUGAGAGAUCGGCCCGUAAUCAGCAUCGAAAAUUACACCAUAUACUGCGGCGAUGCUGAUGAGAACAAAGUAGGUGGUUGCGCGAUAGCUGUGAGGAACGAUUACAAGAAGUGGAGGAAUUUGGCUCAACGUCGUCUAGAUGCGCCUUUUUACGACUGCGGGAUCGCGGAGGACGUAAACUCUGGAUCGUAA